AUGUACGUACUUUACAAGCAUCUCCCGUUAAUCGGGCUUGCGCUCCUGCAAUCUGCGCAAGCUCUCCUUCACCCAUGGCCAAUGCUUCACCGCCGCGAGCUUGAUGAGGCAACUACAGUGAUGGACAACGGCGCCGGCAAUUUAUCCCCACAAAAUGAAGCAUUUAUAGACCCCCAGACUGUGACCCUCCCUUUGGAUCACUUUGGAAAUAAUACUGCUACUUUCAACAAUAGGUACUGGGUAUUGGAAGAGUUCUACAAGCCUGGAGGCCCGGUGUUUUUGGUUGACGGGGGCGAGUCAAAUUCUUUAUUUGCUGUUGAAUAUUAUCUCAGGGGUAAUAUGACCCCCACUAGAGAUCUGGCCCGCGAGUUUAAUGCCAUGGUGAUCUUGUGGGAACAUAGGUAUUAUGGCCGAUCCACGCCCUACAAUAUCACCAACACCACCACACCAGAGCAAAUGCAGUACCUAACUACCGCCCAAGCACUCGCUGACCUUCCGGUAUUCGCCCGCACCUUCGAGCGUCCAAACUGGCCCCUUGUCCCUCUGACCCCGGACCACACCCCCUGGGUUAUCUUUGGCGGCAGCUACUCAGGCACACGGGCGGCGUUUGCCCGCGCCAAAUAUCCUACCACCUUCCUCGCGGCAUAUGCCUCCUCGGCGCCUGUCCAAGCACGCAUCGACAUGUCAGUCUAUUUUGAACAGAUCGCGCGAGGAAUUAUUGAAUUUGGCUUUGGAAACUGCACGAGAGAUAUGCGUGCUGCGGUUCAGCAGAUCGAUAAGCAGUUACGGCUUCCGGCAACAGCAGCAGAGCUGAAGAGGAAGUUUUUGGGGAAGGGCUCGGAGGGCGUGGGGAAUGGAGGCUUUGGGUAUGCGUUGUCACUGGUGCUAUAUAAUUGGCAGGCAUGGGGGAUGGAAUGCUGUUGUGGCAAUGAAUGGGGAUUGAGAAACUUUUGCGACUAUCUGGAGACAGAUCCGGAAACUAAUGUGACGGCUGGAGCUCAGGGCUGGGCGAAGGAAAAAGGCGUCCAAUGGGUAAUCGACCGCUGGGCCCAGUGGCCGAAGUUUAUUGGGAUGGUCAACAAAUACCUGGGCCAGAACUGUGAAGGGUAUCAUGGUACUGGCAACGACGGGACCAUCGAUUGCGAUAGGUUUGACGCUGCACGAACGGACUCAGCAAGUAUCUCUUGGGCUUGGAUAAUUUGUAGUGAAUGGGGCUUCAUCCAAUCCGUCAACCUGGGCCCAAAUCAAAUCGUAUCAAGAUAUCUAAGUCAGAAGUACGGGCAAGAUCUUUGCUACCGCUACUUCCCGACUGGAGUCUCCUCAGGGUUCCUUCCGAAGAAGCCACAAGUAGAAAAGGUGAAUGAAGAGUUUGAAGGCUGGAACAUGCGCCCUUCUAACACAUUCUUUACUGGGGGUAAAUACGACCCAUGGACCUCCCUCUCUGUACUAUCGAGCGAAAAAUGGGCUCCCCAAAACGUUAUAUCCCAUGAUAUUCCCACAUGUGGUGUGCCCACCUCGCAAAACAAGAUAUUCGGAUAUCUAAUGAAGAACACUGUGCAUUCUUUUGAUAUCUUUGGUGGCAAAAAACAGAGGCAUUUUCCGGAAGUUAACGACGCCCUAGGUGUAUUUUCUACUGCGCUGAAGGAGUGGCUGGAAUGCUAUGACCGGGAAUACGGGCUGAGCAUGUAUUGA